UCAUUGAAGUCCAUAGUUUACAGCUAUAAGCAUGGAUUCUCCGGGUUCGCGGCAAUGCUCACAGAAACCCAAGUUGUGGCGUUGGCAAAAUUUCCAGAAGUUAUAAGUGUGAAACCUAACACCUACCACAAGGCGCACACAACUCGGAGUUGGGACUUCCUUGGCCUUGGAAACAAAUCACCACAACAAACUGACCUCCUCCGAAAAGCGAAUUACGGUGAAGAUAUCAUCAUUGGGGUGAUCGAUUCAGGCAUAUGGCCUGAAUCACUAAGCUUUGACGAUAACGGAUAUAGCCCUGUCCCGGCACGGUGGAAAGGCAUAUGUCAGAUCGGGCAGGCAUUCAAUGCAACAAGUUGUAACAGAAAGAUCAUCGGCGCACGUUGGUACUCCAAGGGAGCUGACCCUGAGAAUCUCAAGGGAGAGUAUAUGUCGCCUCGGGACUUCCAUGGCCAUGGCACACAUGUCGCCUCGACAAUCGCAGGUAAAGAAGUCCAAGGUGUGAGCUAUGGCGGCCUAGCCACCGGAACGGCCCGUGGCGGAGCACCACGUGCACGGCUAGCAAUCUACAAGGCAUUAUGGGGGCCCCGCAUAAGAGGUAGUGACGCCAUGAUCCUCGCGGCCAUUGACGAUGCCAUACACGAUGGAGUAGAUGUCUUAUCCCUCUCACUUGGAGGGGGUGCCGGUCACGAGUUUCCCGGGACACUACAUGCUGUCUUGAGAGGGAUCUCAGUUGUCUUCUCCGCCGGGAACGAUGGCCCGGUGCCACAAACGGUGGCGAAUGUUGUGCCAUGGGUGACGACAGUGGCUGCUAGCACCAUCGACCGGGACUACCCAACCCUAAUAUCUCUCGGAAACAAAGAAAAACUAGUGGGAAAGUCUCUUUACUACAACUCAACUCUGAACAAUGACGGCUUUAAGGAGCUUGUUCAUGCGCAAAGCUGCACCGCGGAGUUGUUGGCAUCAAGCAACGUGACUGGCAAGAUUGUCUUGUGCUACGCACCGUGGCUGGCGCCCAGCGUUCUACCUCGGGUAGAGCUGCCCCUCACCAUCAACCGUGCUGUGGGUGCCGGAGCCAAGGGCCUCAUCUUCGCGCAGUACACCACGAACCUCCUUCCGAUGUGCAAGGGUGGCAUGCCCUGUGUUGUAGUAGACUACGAAACCGCACAGAGAAUUGAAUCAUACUUGGCGAUCACAGAGAGUCCAAUCGUGAAGGUGUCACCUGCCAUGACCGUUGUCGGAGACGGGGUGUUAUCACCAAGGGUCGCUUCAUUCUCCUCAAGAGGCCCGAGUCCACUGUUCCCGGGCAUACUCAAGCCCGACAUAACUGCACCAGGUGUCGGCAUCUUGGCAGCUGUGCACGAUUCUUAUGAGUUACUAGACGGUACAUCCAUGGCAUGCCCACAUGUCUCCGCGGUGACCGCAUUGCUUAAGUCACUUCACCCUGAUUGGUCGCCUGCAAUGAUCAAAUCCGCAAUCGUUACCACAGCAUCAGUGACCGGUCGUUUCGGUGUGCCAAUCGAAGCAGAGUCGGUCCCGAGGAAGGUAGCUGAUCCCUUCGACUUUGGUGGUGGCCACAUGGAUCCUGACAGAGCCGCUAACCCUGGCUUGGUUUACGACAUGGAUGCAAGAGAAUACAAUAAGUUUUUUAACUGCACCCUUGGAUUGGUCCAUGGUUGUGAGUUCUACCAGCUCAAUCUCAAUCUCCCUUCAAUCGCUAUUCCAGACCUGAAGGACCAUGUCACAGUUCAGCGCAUUGUCACAAAUGUGGGGGCGGUUGGAACGACUUAUCAUGCGGUGCUUGAAGCUCCAGCGGGAGUAGUCAUGUCCGUGGAGCCAUCUGUGAUCACAUUCACCAAAGAAAGUAGCACAAGCAUGGCAUUUACAGUGUCGUUUACUACAAGGAGGAAAGUGCAAGGUGGGUUUACCUUUGGAAGCUUGACAUGGUCAGAUGGAAAUACCCAUUCAGUUAGGAUUCCCAUCGCAGUAAGGGUUGUGAUACAAGACUUUGUUGCAGAUACAUCUUAAAUACAUCAAGUCAAUAGCGUGUGAUUGUUCAAGCUUUCAUGUACUUGGCGUCAAAAAAUGUAGGAAACACUAAAAAUCAUUUUACAAUGGUAUGAA